AUGUGCUACGUGGGGAAAGCAACAAAGAUCUUCAUUUUCAUAGUCACGGUGCUCGUUGUUCUGGGUCUGGUUUUGGGAUUGGGGAUCCUACGCCGCCGCCACCACACAACUGCAAAUGAAUGUUCUGAUGGGUCUUGCUCACGUCUACCUCCACAUGCAAUCUCCGCCCCCAAUUUCAAUCCACCAACCCCACCUCCCUCCUUUCAAUACCCCCCUACCCCACCAACCAUUCCGGUUACAAAUCCAACCCCUCCUCCUCCUUCCGACCCCAACCCAUCUUCGCCGCCGCCGCCGCCAAUGCAGCAGUCGCCGCCACCGCCGCCACCUCCGCCGGAGGAAUCUGCCCCUCCAAAUCCUCCAAGUGUGGCGGGGCCACCUAUUAAUACACCUACACCAGGGUCGGCGCUGGUGGCACAAGCUCCUGUGCAUGUUUUUGUGUAG